AUGAAUAAAUCUUUUGCAACUCAAGUUGAAGUCCCAAAGCUUAAAGAUUCAUUAUUACUUCGUCAAAAUGCUUUUAUUAAUGGUGAAUGGGUUAAAGCAAAAUCAGGAAACACAUAUUCAGUAUUAGACCCUGCUACUAAUAAAGAAAUUGGGAAAGUUCCUGAAAUGAAUGUGGAAGACACGAAAGAAGCAAUUAAAGCUGCCAAAGAAUCGUUUAAUAAUUGGGCGAACCAAACUGCCAAGUAUCGCCAUGAUCUACUUCAAAAAUGGUAUACACUUAUUAUAGAUAAUCAACAAGAUCUGGCUAUUAUCCUUACUCUUGAAAAUGGUAAACCAAUUAAUGAAGCUUUAGGUGAAAUAAAAUACGGUGCAAGUUUUAUUGAGUGGUUUGCUGAAGAGGCUAGACGUGUCUACGGAGAUGUAAUACCAUCUCCAAUAAAAAAUUCUAAGAUUAUAGUUCAGAAACAACCAGUUGGUGUUGCAGGAAUCAUAACACCUUGGAAUUUUCCAAAUGCAAUGAUUACGCGUAAAUUAGGAGCUGCGUUAGCUGCUGGAUGUACUGUUGUGAUAAAGCCUAGUCAUGAUACACCAUUUUCAGCACUCGCAUUAGCAGAAUUAGCAGUUAGAGCUGGAUUUCCCAAGGGUGUGAUUAAUGUGAUAACAACGGAACAACACGCAGAAGUCGGAUUAGAAUUGACGACAAAUCCCGAUGUGAAGAAAAUAUCUUUUACUGGAUCGACAAAUGUCGGUAAAUUAUUAAUGCAGCAAAGCUCUAGCACGCUGAAGAAAAUUUCAUUGGAACUUGGUGGUAAUGCUCCAUUUAUAGCGUUUGACGAUGCAAAUGUAGAAGCAGCUGUUGAAGGUUUAAUUGCUUCAAAGUUUCGCGCUUCUGGCCAAACUUGUGUCUGUGCCAAUCGCAUUUAUGUACAGUCUUCUAUAUAUGCUGAAUUUGCAUCGCUGCUUGCGGAUAAAGUAAGCGGAUUCAAAGUCGGUAGUGGAUUUGACCCUCAAACCACUCAUGGACCAUUGAUCAACUCAAAAGCAGUUGACAAGGUUACACGUCAUAUAGAAGAUGCUGUUGCAAAAGGUGCCGAAAUUCUUGUGGGUGGUGUCCGACGUGAUGGAAAUUUCUUUGAUCCAACCGUUUUAACAGGAAUGUCCGCAGAUAUGAUCAUUACAAAUGAAGAGACAUUUGGCCCAGUAGCUGCGUUGUACAAAUUUGAUAAAGAUGAAGAGGUUAUAAAGUUAGCGAAUAAUAGUCAUGUUGGUUUGGCUGGUUAUUUCUAUAGUAGAGAUGUUGGCAGAUGUUGGAAAGUAGCAGACGCUUUGGAAGUGGGAAUGGUUGGUGUUAAUACAGGAAUAAUUAGCACCUGCGAAGCACCCUUCGGUGGAGUUAAAGAAUCAGGCUUUGGACGCGAAGGUUCCAAACAUGGCAUUGAUGAGUUUCUUAAUCUGAAGUACAUUAGUUUUGGUGGCUUAUAA